UAUAUAGAUUUGUGAUAACAAAUCAAAGUGCACACACAAAUCUUGAAAUUCCGGCGUUCAGCUGAAAUGGCGGUCGAAGAAGGAGAUGCGACGGAGCCGCUACCACUACUCGCCGCCAUAUCACAUCCGCCACCGUGGUCAAUUGUCGCCAUCAGAAACCUCAAAAAAAACGAGCUCGACAAUCCCCCAAUCGUCUUCCCUCCCAUCGACCACGAAAAUCUCCACAUUUCUCCCCAAUUACCCCCUUAUUCCCACCAAAUCUACAACAUUCACGCCGGAAACCGCCAGAUUUCGUUUUCGGAUUCCGAUUCGGACUCCGAUUUGAACUCGUCUUCCACAUUUUCACCGUCGGAUUCGAGUCCCCCGCCACGCUCCCCGAUUUCUCCUGUGAAACCGGCGGAUUCAGCCAGAUGGUUCAAUUCGUGGACGGACCUGUUGAAUCCGACGGUGAGUGUCUUGUUGCGGUUCCUCCGCAGUGCGUUGACCGCCUCGCGAGGGGCCCUGUUUACUAAUUAUCGGUCAGUGGUGUUCGCCGCCGUACUGGCGGCAUUUCUGUAUUACCGACGGAGGAGGAGACUGCGCGGCGGAGAAGAGAGCAGGGACCGGCUCGUUGGCAUCAUCAGAAAAAGAGAUGAGAAAAUCAAUGAGCUGUUGAAUCAAAUAUCUCAGAUGAAUCAGAUGCUGAUUGCAAUUCAAAAAAACCCCACUUCUUAGGAGAUUGGAUGCUGAAUCAUAGAGUAGAAGUAUUAUAAAGAUUGUACAAAUUGUUUUCUUGUUUAUCCCUUGUUGAUCUAGGGAGUAUAUGUAACACUAUAUGGGGAGUUGCUUCUUUGCAACAACAGAAUUAUCAAUUGUCAUGAUAUUAUAUGGUCUUGCCAUGAA